AUGACACGAUCGGGAAACUCGUCGCAGUUUCAGCUUAGCGAGAAAUGGAAGCUAUCGUCUAAAAAGGAAAGCUUCGGAGGCGACGGAGGCGUGUCGACGUCGAGGCAGAAACAUGGGAAAUACGGUUUCACGAGGAAGUGUGGGAGAUUGGUGAGAGAACAGAGAGCUCGCUUUUACAUCAUGCGGAGAUGCGUCAUUAUGCUUAUUUGCUGGACUGAUAAUCAUCAUAAUAAUUGCUCUGACCACUCCUAA